GGAGCCGCGCGCGGGCCCUCGACCCGCGCCUCGCGCCUCCGGCGUGCGCGCGGCCCCCCCCCCCCAAGAUGGAGGGCUGGCGAGGAGCUUGGUAUGUGCCAUGUCUAGCUUCACUUGAGACCCUCCAAGAAUUAUGUAGGAAGGAAAAUCUCAGAUGUAAAUCCAUUGGAAUCACCAACAGGAAUCUAAAGAGUUAUGAGGUGGAAUAUUUGUGUGACUACAAGGUAGACGAGGGCACAGAAUACUAUCUUGUGAAAUGGAAAGGAUGGCCAGAAUCUUCAAAUACUUGGGAACCUUUGAAAAAUCUGAAAUGCCCAUUGCUUCUUCAAAACUUUCUCAGUGACAAGAAUGAAUAUUUAUCUCGAGUAAAGGAAGGCAAAGCACUGAAAGUGAAAAACCAUGUUAAAGCUUUGAAACCUGCAGUUGCAGAUUACAUUGUAAAGAAGGCUAAGCAAAGAAUAGCUCUGCAGAGAUGGAAAGAAGAACUCAACAGGAAAAAGAAUCAUAAAGGAAUGAUUCUUGUAGAAAACACUGUGGAUCUUGAAGGCCCUCCUUUAGACUUCUACUACAUUAAUGAGUAUAAACCUGCUCCGGGAAUAAAUGUAAUAAAUGGAAUAACAACUGGCUGUGAAUGCUCUGACUGCCCUGCUGAGAAAUGUUGUCCAAAGGAGGCUGGAUUUCUGUUGGCUUACAAUAAACGAAAGAAGUUGAAAAUCCAGCCUGGCUUGCCAAUUUAUGAAUGUAAUUCAUAUUGUAGGUGUGGUCCUGACUGCCCUAAUAGGAUAGUACAGAAAGGUACACCAUAUUCUCUCUGCAUCUUCAGAACUAGCAAUGGCCGUGGUUGGGGUGUAAAAACCCUGCAGAAAAUUAAAACCAACAGUUUUGUGAUGGAGUAUGUCGGAGAGGUGAUCACAAGUGAGGAAGCAGAGAGACGAGGCCAGCUCUAUGACAACCAGGGAAAUACGUACUUAUUUGAUUUGGACUAUGACUCAGAUGAAUUUACAGUAGAUGCAGCUCGAUAUGGAAAUGUGUCCCACUUUGUGAAUCACAGCUGUGAUCCAAAUCUUCAGGUCUUCAAUGUGUUUAUUGAUAACCUUGAUCUGCGUCUUCCUCGGAUAGCACUGUUUUCUACAAGAACCAUCAAAGCUGGAGAAGAGCUAACCUUUGAUUAUCAGAUGAAGGGUUCAAUAGAUCUGACUUCAGACUCUGCUGAUGGUCUUAGCCCCUCGAAAAAGAGGAUCAGAACUGUCUGUAAAUGUGGAGCUGUGUGUUGCAGAGGCUAUCUCAACUGAGUUCUGGUAUCCAAAGUCACAAAUACAUUGUUCUCUUUUAAAUGGAUUUUAAAAAGACUGUUCUCUCAUGCAUAUUUUAGAGUAUUUUUACAUCUAAUAUAAACAAGUACAAUGGAAGAAAGGCAUUACAUUCGUAUUUGAAAUGGCACUGGCCAAAGAAAGAGAUCUAGUGUUACAGGCAAAUAUGAAACCAUUAACAUGGAUUAAAAGUUGUUUUCUUUUCUUUUUUUUUUUCUAGCACAGUUAUUGAAGAAGCAGUAAAAUACAUGCUAAGAGAACUCUAAGAUGUACCCUGAUUUGAAUAUUGAGUGUGAGCUUACAGCACUAGGCUUGUUAGGAGCUGAUUUCAGUGGGAUGAAAGGAGGUUAUAUAUUUCGUGUACCUUGAAAAGACAAAACUAAGACAUUGUAUUUAAGUCCUAAAUCAUAGCUAACAGUCCUCUUGCUUUUUUUGCUGUUUAAAAGAAAAGUUUCAAGAGAUUAGCAAUGACAUUUAUGGCACCAUGGUAGAGGAUUAAGGAAAGCCAUCAGACUUUGUCUAGAUGAAGGUUCACAGGAAUAAAGUUUUUUAAAUGUCCAUAGAACUCCACACAAGUAAAAUCAUCGGCAUUAGCAGAUUCUGGAUGUAAGAUCAGAGUUGCAAAACAAACAUUUUUAGUUGAUGUUAUGUUAUUUAGAAGUUUAACAAAUAGAAAUUUUAAAUGUUUAUGUUCUAAUUUUUAGUUAGGAUGCUAUAGGUCUGCAAUUCUUCAGAGAAUUUGUAAAUAUCAGAUUAUUGGUAGCAACAUAUGCUGUUUGUUUUCAUUGCAGUAAUUUGGCAGUCAUUGCUGAAACAAAUUACUGGUUAAAAUUUGAAAAUAGAUAACAAAGGAAUAGGGAAAACAACCCCGUUGUUUAACAAAGCUGAUACAUUAUGGAGAUGUACUUGGUUAUCUGUUUAGGUACAGAAAUAUUCUUGGAAAUGAUUUGUAUUCACAACUGGUUUUGAUUCAGUUUUUACAUACUGUGACUUUUUUUUAUCUAAUAACAGAUUUUUAAGAUAUUAGGCCUUUUUUCUUGUUGCAAAAAUGUUAACUUCAGUGAAGUUAGACUAGGGGUGAGUUUACCUACUUGUUGUAGACAUUUGUAAGAUGUUUUUGAAUGUAAAGGCUGAGAAAUACACUUUGCUUCAGCUGCUUGAAUCUUUUUUUUCUGAUCAUCUUAAAGUUGUGUUGUUUUAUUGAUAACGUAUGCUAAGUUUUGCUUGGCUUCAAAAACUCUGAAGAGCAAUUGAGUUAGGUUGCAAGUAGAAUUACAGCCAUGGUCCAUACUCCAGGGAUGAUUUAAGUGCUUUACGCUCAUAGAUUAAAAGCUUUUAAAACAUGCAUUCCGCUUACAAAUCAUGUAAAUGUUGAUAGGGUCAGGCAGAAUAAUGUUGCUCCAUAAAUGGAUGCUAGCUAUGUAUCAUAGGUCAGCUAGUUACCUUUAUAAGGUACACAGCUGUUGGCUCAGGUGAAUGAAGUCGAGUACCCAGCAUAUAACAAUUUACUUAAUUUGUUAGAAAAUGCCUUAAAUUCUAUGUUAAACACUCUAACAAGAGUGUUUAAAAGAAUCAUACAGGUUGUUUGUUGAUUAAGAAGCACAGUUGCAUUUGCACUGAAGAUCUGGCUCUUUGGCAGAAAGCGAAAUUUUAUAUGCUACUAGACAAAAUCAGUUUCGUAGUGGGGAUGAAGAUUGAGGGCCCUUAGAAGUGCUUUGUAAGUUUUGUAAUCUAGAGAGAUACACCUUGAAAUAGCUACUUUAGAUUGUUUAAUGAGUAGGAGAAAGCUUGCUUAGAUUUAAAGAUCUGACAUUACCAGGUUUGCCUGUAUCCACACUUGGAUAAAUGCUGAAUCUAAACAAUUUUUAUCAUAUCAUGUCUCUAACAAUCUUUUAUAAAGCUAAAGUGGAACGUGGAGCUUUAAUGUUAACAAACUCUAGAGGAACUUGUAUCAUUUGGAAUCAUUAGGUUUUCUCUUGCAUGUAGCCCGAUUCGGUGAUGCAUUCCACAUGGAUGGAAUCUGUGAUCUCCAGCUCCUUAAUCUGUUGCAGAUCUGCAGCCUUUCCUGUUGGUUUAGGAUUGCAAGAGUGGCUGUGGCAAGAAGCAGAUUCCUUGCCAGAUCAGUUUCUCUGGCCUCUCCUGGACAAGAUGACAUAGGGGUGAUUUGACUCUUCUUUUGUUUAUGCCCACAGCCAGUUUGGCUUAAAAAUCACAAGAAAAAGCAUUUUUUAAAGACAGUUUUACUAAUUGUACUUGAGUUUAAUAUCUGCCUUUUCUCAAGGCAGUAUGUUAUCACCAGCAUUGAAAUAACACUGCUAUUCUUUAAGGAUAUGUAUGUUACCUCUUUGUGUGAUAAAUAAAGGACCUUUAACUUAGACUUUGGGAGGUAACAGUAUUUUGUAUUUAUUUGAAGUAAACCCAUGGAUCUAGUUGCUAAGUUAAAACCUUAAGCAGUAUUUUAUAUUUACAGUACAUUUCAGUUUGCCAUCUGUGAAUUAGCUGAAUGGGACUUUGUCACUUUUAAAACUCCUUUUGCUGUUUUCAUGAGUUUAGGGGGGAAAUUGCCAAAUUGGAAAAGGAGAAAAAGCUAUUUUAAAUUUCUUAAGGAGCCUAAACCAGCCUUGCUUCUGCCUUUGUUUUGCUUUGUGGUCUGUUAGCUUCAUCGUGGCCACCAGUUCAGCUGUGUAAAUGCACAUUUUAGUGAUUGGGAACCUGUGAUCUGUCCUCUGGCUGUUUUUUUUUAGAUAGCAGAACUAAUGCUGCAAGAUCAUCUGUAAGAAAAGCUAUUAUGUAUUUAUUUAAUCUCAAAGUUAAGUCAAUCCUUUGGUUAUUUCUAAUGUAUGUUUUAGGACUGUGUACAUUAGAAUAUGCAGUUUGUAAGCUCAGGAACAUUUUCUUUUCAUAUUGUGUGAUCUCUAGUAUUGCUAUCUUCCUAUAGUUUUUGAUAAAAUAAAUUAAAUAUAGUUUUU